AUGAACAUUCUGAUCAGGUUCAUAGGUUUAUAUGGGUUACUGUAUCAGGUUUUUGUUCCCUGUACAGUUCCUGAGCAGUUGUAUGCCAACACUGUCGACCAUCAGCAGCAUCUGGGGAAAUGGUACUUUAAAGCAGCAGCCAGUCCCAGAGACGUUGACAUCCACAAGUUCAAAGAACUGGACAACCUGUGGUUCACCAUGGAAGAGCCAGUCAAUGACACACUGCUGCUGACCGGACAUAUUCACAUAGGAGAUAACUGCAUGAAAGAGACCUGGACCUAUCGUAUACGUCCUGAGAGGGAUGAUGUGGAACUGGAAGCCCGCCAGAGUGACGUCGACUCUGAGGUGGUGACAACAUUUCUGAAAAACCCGGCUUGUUAUAAUGUGUUGACAAGUGUCAUAUCACCUCAAGAGAAAGGUUUGUCGUUUAAAUAA